AUGCCUAUUGCUCAAGGUUCAGAGAGUAUGCGAUCCUUAAUGGAGGAACGCGUUAGAAAUGGAGCCAAUGGACCGCAGGGCGACCCCGAGAUGGAAGCCUAUAUGGCUGGCUUGGUGGGCAAGUGCGACGCACUGGCGAUGUACGACAGCGAAGGGACACUCUUGUGGGCUUGGAGCCAAGACGGUAUGCAUGGCUGGUACUGGCAUGUUGAUGUGACUGCUGACAACUUGCGCUCAUCCACGUCCUAUGAUUAUCAACAAAGCGACGGUGUAAGUAUCCGCCCGGCCCCCAGUAGCACUAAUAGCGGGCGGAGGGCUGAAUCUGACAGAUCUUACUUGCAGUCUGCGUUGCCAGUCACCUCGGAAGCGGACUACAUUGCUGAGUUCAUGAGCGGCGCCGGCAGAACGCUGUUUUUCAACGGUUGCAAGUUUGUGCAGGCCAGGAAGGACAUCUCGGAAGAAGAAGUGACAUUUGCGAUUUUUAGCGGCGCCGGUGGCCGAGGUUUGCACUGCGCAGUAUCGCCAGACAACGCCUACAUGGUGGUUGCUGCGGCGUCCACGACGGGGGCGCCAUCUGAAGAAUACUUCGAUUUGGAUUUAAAGCGCGCGAAAGGCAGCAUCAAGAUCUCACCUACACAGCUCGGCGGAACCUUUAGAGCCUUCGCACCGGGCGCGCUUGGCGUUUAG